UGUAAAUGGGGAAUCAGGAAGGGAUGUGUUGUCUUUCAAGAGAGAGGGAGAAUCACAUUAUGAAUAAUGAAUUAGUUAUAUUUAGGGAAUAUAUGAAUGUGAAAAUAACGGUUAAAUUGGGUGAUAUAUAGAAAGAAUCUGGAGAGAGUGUUAGUAUGUUUUUGGUUUAUUAAUAAAGUUUGUUUAUACAUAAAUCCAGACAAAAUACCGUUACAGCAAAAUAUCAUCCAAUAGAUUUAUGACAAUUUAAGUCGAAGUAUUAAUGAUGCUAAUCCUCUAGUUUAGUAUGAGCAAGUGUAUAGUCAAAAUUUGGAAAUGAAUAAUUAUAGGUGUAUAACAUAUUAUCGAGUGAGGGUUUUCGAAGUAAUAUUAUAAACAAUUUUAUUUAGUCAGAAAAAGAUUUAUUCUAAUAUUAUAACGGAUUCAGAGAGUGGUAAAUAAAUAAAUAGAAAUUAAUUAGUUUAUAAUAAUUGAAUGACGAAGAAUUUAAAGAUAUUCUGAUAUGUGAUUGUCCAAUUAAGUAAAGUAGAGCAUUUAGUUCUGAAGUUUUGGUGAGAUCAGUGAUAGAGUAAUCAAUACUUUAAUGAUGUAGUUUUAUUGAUGAAUCAAAAAACCGAUUGAAUAUCAAAAGUAUAACCAUGAUGAAUUGUGAUAAGAAGAGUGUAAGUUGUGAUGAUUAAUAAAGAGUCUCGUUUCCUGAAAUAUGAACUCAUCAAACAAAUCGAAGAAUCCAAAGAACCAACGUUAAGAAAGGAGAGACAAAACAAAUUCAUGAAAUUUAUAACUUCCACAAAGAGUGUUACAUCCGAUAUGGGCAGACAAAAUAAAUGUGAUUUCAGUUUAAAAGACUUUGAUCUGGGAGAUGAAUCCAAAUUAAUACAGGCACUUAAACAGAAUGAAACCGAAGAAUAAUGAAUAAUGUAAC